AAACAGAAGACCUCCCUAUCCACACUCUCUCACUUCCUCACUUGAUGCAUGAAAAAGAGAUGAUGAUCAGAAGAAACGUGACACUGACAAAUUUCAAGAUCAGUGAUUAAUCAGCUCUUCUUUGUGUGACACAGAUUAUCUUCUGCAGUUUUCUUCACCAAGAGGGCUAUGUGCUGAGAAAGUACUUCACUUGUUUGUUUGUUUUUUGUUAACAAAGAUAUAAAAAUGGCUCCUGGAGAGAAAGUGGAAAAAACAAAGCCAAAAAGAGGAUCAAAAUGUUUUAAAUUAAGUCUUAUUUUCUUCUUGCUGAAUAUCGGCAGUUUUGCUGUUCCAGUCACAGGAUUUGCACUGAAGUCUUGCCACAUCAGUUUUGAUAUUGCCCUGUGUGAAAAGAGUAAUCUCAGAGCUGUUCCUCGAGAUAUUCCCUCGACAGUGAAAGGUUUUAACUUGUCUGCAAACAAAAUUUCAAGAGUACAUGUAACAGAUUUCACAAAUCUACCUGUUUUGACAAAGUUAGACCUAAAUCAUAAUUACAUUUCACAGAUAGAUAACGGUGCCUUUGCCAGUCUGGUUUCUCUCGAGAAGUUAAAUCUAAAUAAUAAUGAACUUGUUGAACUUGGAGAGAAUCUUUUUGAUGGUUUGACCAAUCUCACCGAGCUCAGAAUAGUUGGUAACUGCAUCAAAGCUGUGGCAUCUACCUCUUUUAAGGCCCUGAAAAGCUUAACGUUUCUGGACAUUUCUCACAACAAACUGCACCACAUGACUACAGUCCAUUCAAUAUUACAGCACCUGCCUCAUCUACGAGAGCUGUACAUUAAAAACAACAAUUUAACCACUUUUCAGUCAUGGGAACUGACCAACACAUCACUACAGCUGCAAUACCUUGAUUUGUCUCAGAAUCCAAUCACAACAUUUACAGUCACUGCAGACAUUUUUCCAAAUCUCACCUGGUUUAACAUCGGCGGCUCUUCUAGCAAGAAACAGAUGAAAUGGGAUGUCCGUGACAAUACUUCCUUCAGUCGAGUGUCUACUCUUGAUAUUAGUGGGCUUCAAAUGGCUUUUGGUGACAUGAAAACAUUACUAGAGACUGUAAACUCCUCACUAACAUCUCUGAGGAUGAAUGCAAUGAAACAUAACCUUGCAGCGCUAAUCAACACUUCCUGCACCAUCCCAACAAUGUCCACACUUUACCUCCGCCGUAAUAAUCUCACUUCUGUCAGUUCAGAUCUGUUUAAGCUGUGCAUUAAUGUGACCGAGUUAGAUUUAACAGAGAAUCGAAUACAAAACAACCACAGGGACACCUUCAGAUCUCUUCAGAGUUUAAGGAUCUUGAGUCUGCGUCACAACAGACUUUCAUCUGUUCCAAGGAACCUACCGACUCUUGUAGAGUUGGAUCUCAGCUCUAAUAAGAUCAGUAAACUUAAAUGUGACGAUUUUGCCAAUCAGACAAAGCUCAGACAGCUCAGCCUUUAUCAGAAUUCAAUCUCAGCUCUAAGCGAUUGUGUUUUCAAGGAUUUAAUACGAUUGCAAGUUUUAAAACUCCAGAAAAACCGCAUGUCCAAUUUAAAUGGUGCUUUCAAAAAAUACUUGCCAAAUCUCAGAGAACUAUUUUUGAAUCAAAAUGAGCUCAAUGUCAUUACAUAUGGGGAAUUUCAGGGCUUACAAUCCCUCCAGAACUUGUCAUUAAUUGAAAAUCAAAUAAGCCAACUUGAAGACAGAUGUUUUAGUGGACUAACGAAUCUCACCAACCUUCUGCUACAGAAGAAUCGUAUUACAGAAAAAUCACUAAAUAGUAGUAUUUUCAGUGACCUGAUGAACUUAAGAAGACUGGAUUUCAGAGAAAAUCGCAUUAAAUAUGAAGACAGUUCAGCUUUGGCUAAUGCACCAUUUUCUCAGCUGUCCCGUCUGGAGACAUUGGCUAUUCCUUCACAACACCGCAGGGAAAAGUCUUACCUGCCCUGUAACUUCCUGCAAGGUCUGACAAAUCUGUUGUUUUUCAAUACUAGGAGUGUUCAACUUUUAUCCUUGCCUGAAGACAUGUUUAAAUACACGCCUAAGUUGCAAAAACUUGACAUUAGCUCAAAUGAAUUUAUGGAUCUCUCUCCAGGUUUGUUUUCCCCGAUUCAAAACCUUACAAGUCUUUACAUAUCUAGAACAAGUCUUCGGUCUCUAGAUUUUCUUAGAAUUGCCAACCUAACCAAACUGGAGUUCUUGCAGGCAAGAAAGAAUGAAUAUUCAGUUAUCGGUGAAGAAAUAAUAAAGUCCUUACCAGCUCUUGCUUAUGUGGAUCUUCAGGGGAACAGUUUCACCUGUGACUGUGAUAAUGCCCCGUUCCUCCAGUGGGCAAAAAACAACAACCAAACACAGGUUUUCGAUGCCUAUAACUUUGAGUGCAACUAUCCUGUGAACCUUAAAGGUAUGAAACUAUUUGACCUCGAUAUCCGGUCCUGCACAGUGGACAUUGACUUCAUAUGUUUUGUCUCCACCGCAUGUACAAUCCUCCUGUUUAUGGUGGUGUCUUUCACCUACCAUUUCCUGAGGUGGCAGCUAGUCUAUGCCUACUACCUCUUCUUGGCUUUGCUCUUUGACACAAAGCAUAAAAACAAGCAAGCACCAAAUCAGUAUGACGCCUUCAUCUCCUACAACACCCACGAUGAGCCCUGGGUCAUCAAAGAGCUGCUGCCCAAACUGGAGGGAGAACAGGGUUGGAAAUUAUGUCUGCAUCAUCGUGACUUCCAGCCAGGUAAACCCAUCAUAGACAACAUCACAGAUGCUAUUUAUGGAAGCAGGAAGACCAUCUGUGUGAUCAGUCGCAGAUACCUUGAGAGCGAGUGGUGCUCCAGAGAAAUCCAGGUGGCCAGCUUCCGUCUGUUCGAUGAGCGGAAGGACGUGCUGAUCCUGGUCUUUCUGGAGGAGAUUCCCACCACUCAGCUGUCUCCUUACCACCGCAUGAGGAAGGUGCUGAAGAAGCGGACCUACCUGAGCUGGCCUCGAGCCGGAGAGCACACCAGUCUGUUCUGGGAAAAACUCCGACAGGCUCUGAAAACCAGGGAAAAUCUUGGUGAAGGCAGCUUCCUCUCCACUGUGGUGGACAGACCGUGAUGAAAUAUGAGGCUUUUGUCUGUCUUUUGCCUGUGCUCCGUCUAUACACUCUAUUACAUGAGCUGCACUUAUUCAUCUAACUAAAAUUGAAAAUCAUGUGCCACAAAUACUGACAUAUCACUGUAAUGUAAAAUGAAAUUUGCAAUGUAAAAUGUGUGAUUGUGUGGCAUAAUCUGGUGUGUAACUUUAUGACAAAAUCUUAUUUUUCUUUCUUUCUUAUUUUUUUAUUAUUUGUUCUAAAUAUAGAUAUAGAUGAAAAUGAAAUCCAUUCAUGUGUUUUUUUAAUAACUUAAAAUGUUGCAUUGAAGGCAUG